AUGCCAAAUGCCGACGUUGCGUACGGCACGCUAGACCAGGCAGUGGCCCGCAUGUCCGCGGGUUCUUGGCUGUUCGUGCUCGACUUGCGUUUCUACUCCACUGGCAGACGCCAGUUCGGGAAAUACAACUAUUUACCAUUCGGCCUCAAGCUUGCGCCUGGUAUCAACGAUACCAACGUGAAGGAGAGUUUGAGAAUCCUCCGCCUGCGCGCCGAAGUGGACCUGUUAGACUUCGUUGACGAUCUUUUAGGCGCGGUACCGGACGAGAGCACGGCUUGGCAGAACCUGUGUCGAGCAGUUCGAUUUCUGUUGCGGCGUGGCAUCCCCAUCAGUGCCAGCCCCCUGGCCGACCCACCGGCGACCCUAUCGGAGCUCAGCCGCGCAGCCCUGGCGCACAUCUGCUCCGCCCUGGGCACGCCCCCAGCGCGUUCCUUGCACUGCGGCGGCGGGCCUCUCAGCGCGUGGGGCCAGAAAUCCCCCGAGUUCGCUGAUUGGGCGAACCUUGCUCGCGAAGGCGCAAUCCGGGUCGUGGAGCGCGACGCUUCCAAAAUGCACGGUUGGCCAUACCACCUGUGUUGGGACAGCCGCGUUGUAGUCGAGGCGCGGCCUGAAAAUUUUGCAAUCGGGGAGGCGCAGCCCAAUUCCUUGGAAAUCAAUUACACGGAGUUGCGGGUUGCAGUCCAGCGCCUUCUCAGGGAGUCUUCUUCCUUGAAGGGUUGGCGAGUUCUGUUCAGGCUCGACAAUUCCGCUGCCGUGCAUUGCGUCAAUGUGCGCUACGGGCGGAUGCCUUCCCUCGAGUCUUUGGCACAUCGUUUCGAAAGUGCCGAGCAGGCGGCUCAAUGUUGGGCGCUGGCCUUGCGCAUCCCUGGCAAGAGCGACGUCAUUGCAGACGCGGGUUCUCGGUCCUUGGAUUUCGCGCGUUCCUGGCGCGAGGAUCUGCGCAGGGGCGCCGCUCUCCGCAAGGCCUUGUUUCAAGAGGUCGAAUCAAGAUGCGGCGUUCAGUUCGCGGUGGACAUGUUCACAGAUGGACUCGGCAGGACGGCUUUCGCCCGCGAGUGGCGAUUUCCAGAACUUUCCGUUUUCCAGGCCGACCUACGCGGCCACGUGGUGUGGGCGCACCCACCGCGCGCGCUCUUGAAGGAGACGUUCCAAUGUUUGACUUCCGCCGUUGCUGGUGACGCAGACCUGCGCGUUGUCGCCCUGUGCCCG